AUGGACAACCUCCACAAUUCGGACAAGAACUCGACGAAGGACCGCGGAUAUCACAAAACCUCACAUUCUGGUAGUGACACGCGUCUCGGGCAAUUCGAAGACCAUCGCCAGGAUGCGCUGAACGCCUCAGAUCUCACGGCGAAUCCUGAACGAGAGAGGCGGAGGGACUACCAAAGCCGUCACCAGCAUUCCAGGGAGAAGGAGUCCUACUUGUAUUCGUCUUCCUCUCGAGGUUCGCGAGAUGCUGUGGCCACGUCAUGGCGUGACCGGGACCGGGACCACGACCACGAUCAGAAACCAAAACACGAGCGCAGUCGCUCACGUACACGGAAUCAUCAUCAUUCUCACCAUUCGCGUCGAGAUGAUCAUAAAUCAGAGCAUUUCUCAAGCCGCCAUGCGCAAGAGGAAUCACAGUAUAACAACAAGGGAGAAGAAGAUAGAUGUGUCAGAGGAAAGGAAACGGAUUUCCCUCGAGAUUCUUCACAUACGCGUGAUAUAGACUCUUCGGGCCGCAAGCAUAUACACAGGUCGUCACCAGUGCGCCAUCGAGACAUGCACCGGGAGGAACCGCAUUCUAUAGGUCAAGAGCACAAUCAUGAUCGACAUCGCAGUCGAAAAGAAUACCAGGAUGUUGAAGAAGAAACACGUGGUGGUCAGGCCAAGGAAAGAAGGGAAGAGGAACACUCUUUAUCGAGGCAUCGUUAUCGUCACGAAAGUUCCACUCAUUCCCAUUCCCAUUCAUAUCGAAGAGGAAAUUAUAAUGAAGAAGAUGACCGACAUAUUUCAUACUCCAAGAAUCACAGGGACAUGGCAGAAGGAAUGAUUACCCCCUCCGAACAUGAGCGCGAGGGUGACCAAGGUCGUCACCGCCGUCGUGACAGGAGCAACGAACGAGAACGCCGGUCUCACUCGCACUCCCGUUCUCGCGUCGACGAAGUUUCUUACCGCGAUAGCUCGCGUCCGCAGAAGGACGAGCAUCGCCGGGGACGCUCGCCCACUCGUUCCUCUGCGUCUGUUUCCUCGCGUUCGGCUUCAUCUUCCUCCUCUUCGUCUUCCUCGACUUCAUCGUCGGACGAUCAUUCGCAUUCGCGUCGCCAUGGGUCUUCAUCGCGACACCGCAGUCACUCGAAAAGGCACCGCUCGCACUCUCACUCGCAUUCUCACAGAGAUAGGGACGGUGAGAAAGAACGAGAGAAAGAUAAGCAUAAGCGCAAGCGAAGGGACCGCUCGGAUUCGCGUGAUCGCAAGAGAAGGAAGCGCAAGGAUAAGGAAAAAGAUAAGGAGAGGAAGCAUAAGAAAGAGAAGAAGGAGAAAGAUGAAGAGAGGCGCAGCGUUUUGACUGGUAAAAGGAUCAAGCUUAAAGUGAAGAAGGACAAAACCGAUCGAGAGAGGGAUGUUAACAGGCAGGAUUUGUUGAUGUUCCUCAAUUCUACGUUCAGUUGA